AUGGCGGUACGCAACGCUGCUGUGGCCAUUGUGGCGGCCCUCGGCGUCGUGGUCUCGGCGAAAGAGGCUCCUGUCAACAUGCAGCUCAAAGCGGAGUUGUACGACUCGGGCGUGGAUGCCGGUCGUUUUGUGGGAGUUGCAGUAGCUAAGAGACACCAGCGGGUGUGGGGCGAACUGGCAGCACAAGGCGUCUUCGACUCGACUCAGUACAAGAAGUUCCCCCAGAAGAAGGACUACAUCCAGUGCAAGAACGGCGUGGCAGCCCUUGUUCCAGGCGACCCGACGUCCACCUUCCGGUGCAAGGACCUCGACCUGUAUGACUUCAAAACCCACGCCGAGCUGGGCAGCUCGUCAGGGGCUGGGGCGGGGUCUUGGGGUUGGACGAGUCCCGACGGCCGGGAAUUUGUCGCCAUCGCGCAGGAGGACGGCACGGCCUUCGCCGAAGUGAGCAAGAAGGGCAAGCUCAUCUACCUCGGCCGUCUUCCGCAGUACGACGCAGCACCGCCAUCGCUGUGGCGCGAGAUCAAGGGCUACAAGAGCUACAUUCUCAUCGGCAGCGAGGCGGUGCAGCACGGCGUCCAGAUCUUUGACCUCAGCAAGCUGCAGAGCGUCGACCCGACGCAUCCUGUUGUGUUCAGCAACGAGAAGGACCUGGCCGGCUUCUACUCGGAACAGCUCCCGCUCGGCCGGUCUCACAACGUUGUGACCAACGAGGAGCUCGGCUAUGGUGUCGCCACGGGCUUCCAGCCGCGGACCGGGCCGCUGCGGGCCGGUCUAGUGUUCUUCGACCUGAAGGACCCCUCCAACCCCAAGACCCUGGGUGGCACUGGCGCGGAUGGCUAUGUCCACGACGCCCAAUGUUUGGUCUACCGUGGCCCCGACAAGAAGUACUACGGCAGGGAUAUCUGCUACGGCUACGACGAGGAUUCCUUGACAAUCUUCGACGUCAGCGACAAGCAGAACAUCAAGGUCAUCUCCAACACGUCCUACGAAGGCUUCGCCUACACGCACCAGGGUUGGGUGCUCGACAAGAACUGGCAACAGUACCUGAUCGCGGACGACGAGUACGACGAGUACGACAAGCAGGGCUUGGCGGCCGACGGAUACCCCAUCUCGUACAUCUGGGACAUCUCAUCGCUCGAGUCGCCCAAGCAGACGGGCCACUACAAGGGCUUGCGCAAGGGGAUCGACCACAAUCAGUUUGUCAAGUACGGGUUUUCCUACCAGAGCAACUACGGCCUGGGCCUUAGCAUCCUCGACCUCCGCUCCGUGCCGAGGGACCCGACCGGGAAGGGGAUCAAGGAGGUUGCCUACUUCGACAUCCAUCCCGAGGACGACCACCUCCCGGGCGGCGGGAACGUGACUUUCGUUGGCACAUGGAGCCACUACCCCUUCUUCCCGAGCGGGUAUAUCGUCAUCAACACCAUGGAUCGCGGCGCCUUUGUUGUGAAGCCGUCAAGACGGUGGUAAGGAUACGGUGUGUGGUAUGGUUGGUCGGGAGGCUGUCAAGGACCUGGGCGAGGAGGAGGUCUACACUGGGCACUGAGGGACCCAGACCCAAACCUCACCAGAUAGGUGAUGCGCAAGACAAGGUACUAUGAUGACGGAGUAGCUCAGAGUGGCGAACAUGCAAAAUAGUCCAUGAAUACCAGCUUUAGCUUCACAUUACCCCCGCUCUGUCCUUCAUUCAACCGGUGGGAGUGAAAAUACACCCCCUAUU